AUGGUCGCUGCAGGAAAGGGCCCCGACGGCUUGGCCGCCGCGUUCGAGCCGCUCACGCUGUCCAGCGCCACCCGGGCCGUCCACGCGGACGACUACGUCAACUCCCACCGUGCCGUCGCCCCGCCCAUGCACGUGUCCACCACCUUCCGGUAUUCCGACGACCCGGACGCCCUGCACAUGUGGGACAACGCCGACCCGGUCGCCCCCUACGACUCGCACAUCUAUUCGCGCGACUCGGCGCCCAACACCACGCGCCUCGAGGCCAUCCUGUCCGACGUCAUCGGGCACCCGACCCUGACCUAUGCGUCCGGCAUGGCCGCCUUCCACGCCCUCGUCGUGUUCCUCAACCCGCGCCGCGUCGCCAUUGGCGCCGGCUACCACGGCUGCCACGGCGUGCUGGACAUUAUGAAGAAGCUCAACGGCCUCGAGAAGCUGGACCUGCUCGACGACGACGACCUCGCCAAGCUGCAGCCCGGCGACGUCGUGCACGUCGAGACGCCGCUCAACCCGACGGGCGAGGCGCGCGACCUCGCGCACUACGCCCGGCUGGCCCGCGCCAAGAAGUGCUACCUGACCGUCGACGCCACGUUUGCGCCGCCGCCGCUGCUGGAUCCGUUCCGGUGGGGCGCCGACAUUGUCAUGCACUCGGGCAGCAAGUACUUUGGCGGGCACUCGGACCUGCUGUGCGGCGUGCUGGCCGUCCACAAAAAGUACGUCAAGGACCCGGCCGCGCGCGCGGCCGACCAGAACUGGCUGGCGGCGCUGCAGCGCGAGCGCCUCGUCAUCGGCGGCGUCAUGGGCAGCCUCGAGGGCUGGCUGGGCGUGCGCAGCCUGCGCACGCUGGCGCUGCGCGUCGAGCGGCAGGCGAGCAACGCGGCCGCGCUGGUGGCGUGGCUGGCCGCGGAGCACAACAAGGCGGGCAGCGUCGUGGCCCAGGUCGUCGAGCGCAUCCACCACGCGAGCCUGCAGCCCGAGGCCGCCGACCCGGGCUCGUGGCUCAACCAGCAGAUGCCGCACGGGUUCGGCCCCGUGUUCAGCCUCGUGCUGCGCGAGCAGGCGCAGGCCCGCCGCCUGCCGAGCAAGCUGGCGCUGUUCCACCACGCGACGAGCCUCGGCGGCGUCGAGAGCCUGAUUGAGUGGCGCGCCAUGACGGACCCGCGCGUCGACAAGCGGCUGCUGCGUCUCAGCAUCGGCGUCGAGAGCUGGGAAGACAUCAAGGCCGACUUGGAGCGUGCCUUUACCGAGCUCGUGGCCGAGGCCAAACAGGCGUAG